AUGGAUCUACUCGUCGACAAGCUGAACUAUAUCUGGCCGUUUCUCGCGAUAAUCACGCCCGUGGUUUUCUUCCACGAACUUGGCCAUUACCUGGUGGCCAGGAUCAACGGCGUGCGCGUGGAAGUGUUCGCGGUCGGUUUCGGGCCGGAGCUGUUCGGCAUCGACGACCGUCACGGAACGCGCUGGAAGUUCUGCGCGCUUCCGCUCGGCGGCUAUGUGAAGUUCGCCGGCGACGCCGACGUCGCCAGCAUGUCGGCCGAAGGCGACGGGCCACUCACCGCCCGAUUCAUUCUACGCCAAAUCGCGAUUUUCGCCGUCUUCUUCAUCGUCGUCGGCCAACGAUACACGCCGGUGGAGAUCGGCGCCGUGCGCGACGGCAGCCCUGCCGCCGUCGCCGGGCUCCAGCCGGGCGACAGGCUGGUCGAGCUCAACGGCAGCCGCGUCGAGCGGUUCGAGGAACUCCAGUUCACCCUCCUCCAGAGUCUGGGCGAGCCGAUCACGCUUGCGGUCGAGCGCGGCGGCGCAGAGCUCGAGUUCACCGUGAAGCCGGAGAUCGUCGAGGUGCUGGACGCCUUCGACCGGCCGCAGCAGCUGGGCGACAUCGGCGUCCGGCCGUUCACGCCGUCCUCCGUCGCGCAGGUGGUCGCGGGCAGCCCGGCAGAGAGGGGCGGCCUGCAAGCGGGCGAUAACAUCGUCCGCAUCGGAGACUCGGCGAUCGAGAGCUUCGACCACCUUCGCACCAUCGUGGAGCGGAACGCGGGAGUACCCCUCACCUUCGUCGUCGAACGCGGUGGUCGCGAGGUCCCGUUGACCGUGACCCCGAACGACGUGAACGGGACGGGGCGGAUCGGCGUCUACCCCGAAGAGCAAACUGCGUUCCGCGAUCUGGGGGUCGGCGAGUCGAUCUGGGCCGGCGUCGAACACACCUAUACGCUCGCCGCCGCCAACCUCCGCGCGAUCGGCCAGAUGAUCGUAGGAGCCCGAUCCACCGAGCAGCUGAGCGGCCCCGUCGGCAUCGCCGUCAUGUCGCGAAGCGUGCUCGAGCGUGGCGUUUCCGGCUUCGUCGAGUUUGCGGCGCUGAUCUCCAUCGCCCUCGGCCUGAUCAAUCUGUUCCCGAUUCCGCCGCUCGACGGCGGACACCUGCUAUACAACGGUCUGGAAGCCGCGUUCCGGCGACCGCUCACCGCCCGGAUUCAACAGAUCGGCGCGAUGGUCGGGCUGACGCUCGUUAUCGCCUUGAUGGUAUGGGUGACCACGAAGGACAUCAUCGGCCUGACCUCAUGA